AUGGGUACUAACACGAUUGGCUCGGAGAUUGUCAACGUCAUCAACAAGCUCCAGGAUGUCUUCAGUGCUGUCGGCUCUUCGGCGUCUCAGAUAGACCUCCCGCAGAUAUGUGUACUCGGAAGUCAGAGCAGUGGCAAAAGUAGUGUGCUCGAGAAUUUGGUUGGGAGAGACUUCUUGCCACGGGGCACGGGUAUCGUGACGCGACGACCAUUAGUUCUCCAACUCGUCAACCGACCACCUACUGGGCAAGCAAACGGAGCCGCCAAAAUCACAAGUGAUGACCCUAAUGCCAACCCCGAUGAGUGGGGCGAGUUCUUACACCUCCCGGGGGAGAAGUUCUAUGACUUCAACAAGAUUCGGGUGGAGAUUGUUCGCGACACAGAGGCGAAGACAGGCAAGAAUGCCGGUAUUUCACCACUGCCUAUCAACUUGCGGAUAUACUCGCCGAAUGUCCUCACGUUGACACUCGUCGAUCUUCCUGGGUUGACGAAGGUCCCCGUAGGCGACCAACCACGAGACAUUGAGAAGCAGAUUCGAGACAUGCUGCUCAAGUUCAUUUCGAAGCCUGCAUGUAUCAUUCUUGCCGUCACGGCUGCGAACACGGAUUUGGCCAACUCAGAUGGUCUCAAGCUUGCGAGAGAGGUAGAUCCAGAAGGACAACGGACAAUCGGUGUGUUGACGAAGGUUGACCUGAUGGACGCCGGAACGGACGUCGUGGACAUUCUUGCUGGGCGCAUUAUUCCUCUCCGACUGGGCUACGUGCCCGUCGUGAACCGUGGCCAGCGUGAUAUCGACUCCAAUAAGCUUAUCAGCGCUGCUCUGGAGCACGAACGGCAGUACUUCGAGAAUCAUCCUUCGUACAAGGGGAAGGCACAGUACUGCGGCACGCCCUUCUUGGCCCGGAAACUCAAUGUUAUCCUCAUGGCACACAUUCGCGCUACGCUGCCAGACAUCAAGGCACGCAUCACUCAACAACUGCAGAAGUACAACGCUGAGCUGCUGAGCUUGGGUGGCGCUCUUGGUGAAGGAAGCUCGGCCAACAUCGUGCUUUCUGUGAUCACCGACUUCUGUGCCGACUUCCGGACGGUGAUCGACGGUAACACGAACGACAUCUCUUUGAACGAACUGUCGGGUGGUGCUCGUAUCAGCUUCGUUUUCCACGAAUUGUUCAACAAUGGCAUCAAGACCAUUGACCCAUUCGACCAGGUCAAAGAUGGUGACAUCCGGACCAUCUUGUACAACUCCUCCGGUUCAACGCCCGCUGUCUUCGUUGGGACACAAGCCUUCGAGGUCAUUGUGAAGCAACAGAUUAAGAGACUGGAGGACCCCAGUCUGAAGUGCUGUCAGCUCGUCUACGACGAGCUCAUCCGUAUCUUGGGUCAGGUCCUGCAAAAGAUUCAAGCAUUCAGGCGGUUCCCCGCCUUGCGAGAUCGCUUCAACUCCGUUGUCGUCAACUUCUUCAAGACUUCUAUGAACCCUACUACCAAGCUCGUAACAGAUAUGGUUGCUAUGCAAGCGUGCUACGUCAACACGACACAUCCCGACUUCAUCAACGGCCAUAGGGCUAUGGCGAUCGUGCAAGAGCGAUUGGCCGCGAAACAGCCACCACCGCCCACUGCUGACCCGAAAGGCGGAAAGCUUGCCCCUGGUCAGAUCAACAACAACAAAGAUCUUGACGUGGAGGUGAAGCAGGACAACAGCUUCUUCGCCUCGUUCUUCUCGGCCGGCAAGAAUGCGCCGAAGAAGAAAGGUGUCGCGGUGAUGGACGCGCCACCAUCCGUCAUCCGUCCUCAGGCUGCCUUGAACGAGCGGGAGACGAUGGAGACGGAGGUCAUCAAACUGCUCAUCCACUCGUACUUCAACAUCGUCAAGCGGGAGAUGAUUGACAUGGUCCCGAAGGCCAUCACACUGACGCUCGUCAACCACUCGAAGGAGAACCUGCAGCGGGAGCUUCUUCAAGAGCUGUACAAGCCCGAGGUGCUCGAUGACCUGCUCAAGGAGUCCGAAUACGUUGUCAGCCGCAGGAAGGAGUGCGUCUCAAUGGUGCAGGCACUCAACAAGGCCGAAGAGUGA